UUCGCGCUGUCAUAUGUGGACGUGUGUGUGGCUUGUGCUUCUUGUUUAAUGCUAAUUACCACAUGGAGGUAAGUGAUUUUACUUCCUUGAUGUUUGUACUCCAGAAUUUUUAGGGAAACAUUCGCGCCCUGUUUCAGCUGUGAUGAAAUCCGUUAAAUAAGCUCAAUUUAGGAAAAUUUACAGGCAACAGUGCCGAAUGAUACUCCGAUCAACUUUGGACAAUCAAAAAACGUAUAUGUGUUCUCAUAUAGUCUUCGAUAGCUUAUAAAUAGCCUCAGUGAGUGAUUUAACGUGUGAUACAGUUAGAAUUUAGGGCUCAAAACACUGCAGUCAAGCAGCAGUUACGAAUGAUACCCCUCAGGUUUUAAGCUCGGAUCAAGUUACAACAACCGAAAGACGUUUUCCUGAUCUUGUGCAGCUUUCGAUAGCUUAUACAAGCAUCAAUAAGUGAUUUAACGUGUGAUAGUUGGAAUUUAGGGCUCAAAACACUGCAGUCAAGCAGCAGUUACGAAUGAUACCCCUCAGGUUUUAAGCUCCGCUCAAGUUACAACAACCGAACGACGUUUUCCUGUUCUCGUGCAGCUUUCGAUAACUUAUAAAAGCCUCAGUGAGUGAUUUAACGUGUGAUAGUUAGAAUUUAGGGCUCAAAACCCUGCAGUCAAGCAGCAGUUACGAAUGAUACCCCUCGGGUUUUAAGCUCGGAUCAAGUUACAACAACCGAAAGACGUUUUCCUGAUCUUGUGCAGCUUUCGAUAGCAUAUACAAGCAUCAGUAAGUGAUUUAACGUGUGACAUAGUUGGAAUUUAGGGCUCAAAACACUGCAGUCAAGCAGCAGUUACGAAUGAUACCACUCAGGUUUUAAGCUCGGAUCAAGUUACAACAACCGAACGACGUUUUCCUGUUCUCGUGCAGCUUUCGAUAGCUUAUAAAAGCCUCAGUGAGUGAUUUAACGUGUGAUAGUUAGAAUUUAGGGCUCAAAACCCUGCAGUGAAGCAGCAGUUACGAAUGAUACCCUCAGGUUUUAAGCUCCGAUCAAGUUGCAACAACCGAACGACAUUUUCCUGUUCUCGUGCAGCUUUCGAUAGCGUAUACAAGCAUCAGUAAGUGAUUUAACGUGUGAUAGUUAGAAUUUAGGGCUCAAAACCCUGCAGUCAAGCAGCAGUUACGAAUGAUACCCCUCAGGUUUUAAGCUCCGAUCAAGUUACAACAACCGAACGACGUUUUCCUGUUCUCGUGCAGCUUUCGAUAGCUUAUAAAAGCCUCAGUGAGUGACUUAACGUGUGAUACACUUGGAAUUUAGCGCUCAAAACACUGCAGUCAAGCAGCAGUCACGAAUGAUACCCCUCAGGUUUUAAGCUCCGAUCAAGUUGCAACAACCGAACGACGUUUUCCUGUUCUCGUGCAGCUUUCGAUAGCUUAUAAAAGCCUCAGUGAGUGACUUAAUAUGUGCUACACUUAGAAUUUAGCGCUCAAAACCCUGCAGUCAAGCAGCAGUUACGAAUGAUACCCCUCAGAUUUUAAGCUCUGAUACAGUAUCAACAACAGAACACAGCUUGCCUGCCCUCAUAUAGCCUUCAAUAGCUUAUAAAAGCCACAGUGAGUGAUGUAACAUGUGAUACAGUCAGAAUUUCAGGCUCAGAAACCCGCAAUCAAGCAGCGGUGUCGAGUGAUACCGCUCAGGUUCUAAGCUCCGUCCCGAUUUGGACAACCAAACAACGUUUUCCUGUCCUCAUAUGGCCUGUGAUAGCUUAGAAAUUCCACAGUGGAACCCCUGUAGCUGACCAGAAAGACCAGGACUGUCAGAUAUCAUACAUGAAUUGGGUAUGGGAUAGAGAGAGAAGUAUUGGGAUUCUAUUGGAGAAUUUGCAUACCCGUGCUUAUGCUAGUCCUCACUAGGCCAACCAAAGCAGGCACACAAUUGUUCUCGUGCUGAGCUGACAGAUUUGUAACUGACACUGUUUACCUAUAAUUAGGGUGUGCGAAUAUUCGAAAUUUCGAAUACGAAUCGAAUAUUAAAUCUGAAUUAUUCGUAUUCGAAUCAAGGGCUAAGUAUUCGAAAAUUUUCGAAUAUUCGAAACCGUUUUCGGGCGUAUCGGAGAUAAAAAGAAAUUACAAAAUAUAACGCUCGAAGUCAUCGCAAGAGCACGGUUUCGGUUUUCGCAUAGUUUCGCUUUUGUUUCAACCGAAUUGUCAUUGGCAUUUCAACAUGGCUGCCACUCUCGUGUUCGCGGCGGGCUUGUCUUCCAUGUUUUAACUCUUCACUGGUCAAGCAUGAACGCAGUUUGUUUCGCCUGUUUCACCUUUCAAGUUCAAGACAUGCGAGACACGUCCAACGCUGAGGAUGACGUCGAACCCUCUGUUACGAAGCUCAAAGAACGCAGCAGCAUCUGGAAGUACUUUCGCCGAGCUACGCGUUCAUCGGCGGAGUGUGAUGCAUGCAAGUUCGUAUUGCAAACGCCGACAGGCACAACGACGCCUCUCGUAAACCAACUUAAGCGUCAUCCUGCCCUUUUGAAGGAGUAUAACGACGCAAAGGCAUCCCAAAGAGAUCAGCCUACGCUCAAAGACUUGCUACGUGGUACGGAGCCUCUGCCGGCGAAGAAGAGAUGCGCUCUCAACAGCAAGCUCACAGCAAUGGUGGCGCUUAACCUUCAGCCGUACAGUAUUGUGGAGGACCGUGGAUUCAGAGAACUGAUGUCGGAGGCCGUCCCAAGUUACCGCUUGCCGUGCAGAUCUACGCUGAAAGGACUUAUAUUGGACGAACUAAACGCCCAUGCCACAUGGUCUGAACUAGAAGGUGAGCUCAUCGACUUCGAGCAAAGUGCAAACAAUGUUGCAGCCACCUCAUCACAGGUGUGGAAUGCAUUUGACAACUUGGCAAACUCAGACGAAGUGUUUGAACCAGAAAGAGAAGUUGAAGGAUAUGCAAAUGAUGUGCUGUUGAAGAGGGACUUGAGUCCCUGUCAGUGGUGGCAGACGACAGGUCGAUUCAGCUACCCACACCUUGCACAACUUUGCUAUCGUUACUUGGCGAUCCCAGCUACCUCCGUUCCAAGUGAGAGGGCAUUCUCUGCUGCUGGGGCUGUGGUGUGUGCACGAAGGGAACGUCUGUUGCCUGAGCACGUGGAACAGCUCGUCUUUCUUCAUAAUAAUUUGUGAAAUUUCAACUUCUUUUGUGUUGUGUGUGUUGAACUUGCAAGUUUGAGUCCCAAAACUGGGCUACGGUCAAUUGACAAUUACUAGUCACUUCAUUUAGUUUCUUUUACAAUGCAUGGAAAAUUUGAACGUUCCGCAGUCCAUGAAAAUAAAAACGCGAUCGUUACUUGAUAACAAUUGCUUUUGUCUACUAUGCUCCAUGCAUGUGCACAUACUGUAUGCCGAUGAUUCGAUAUUCGACCAAAAUUAUUCGUAUUCGAUUCGAAAUCAGAAAUCCACUAUUUCUCAGUAAUUUCACACUACUCACAAUUAUGUUUUACUUUCAGUUCAAGUUCUUCAAACAGAGCUGACCCAGCAGAAGGCCUCUUGUGGCAUACUGUAAUCAAGUGCGCCACUCCCACGGGAUUAUUGCAUUGGCCUUUUGCAUGCCUGAAUGCUGUCCAGGGCAUCGCACAGGCACCAGCUGCAUGACGAUGCCCCACCCCACAGAUUGUCUUAUGCCAACAGCGUGCUCCCGUAGGGAACUAUGGACACUAGAAGAAACAGCACACCUGGACGAAGUAAACAAACGGCCCUUAUCAGGGCCACCAUAUGUCUGCCACAAUGGCUAGCGCUCUGCUGAUAGAACAAACCCUGAUGAUGAUAGAAGAUCACUGAACUAACCAUAACUCAAGCACGAUGGCUACAACAGUGCUGAUAGAAAGCAAUCAUUACAGUUGCAAAUGCCAUACAUUUCGUUAAGCACUAUAUUUUUGAUGCCAGUAAGAUUUAGAGCUGAAGGAGUCAUGUUCUGCAACUUUUAGGAUGGUCAAUGUAUGCAUCACAGAACAUAUUGCUAAGGUGAACAUUAUGUGGUACCGACUAUAACUCCUGUUAUUCAUUCGCACAGAAAAUAUGAAGCAGAAAAUGUCGAGGUUGUUGCGAGAGACCUGUACUAUGUCUGUUCUAUGUCUUUUGCAAAAGCUAUCACCGUUUCUCGACAAAAGUGACAUGGAGAAUGUACUGGAUGCCUCCAUUUUUCCCCUUUCUCUCCGUACUAUAAAGAUAGUUCUUUUUGUGUAGUCCAAUAAUACGAGAAUUUGAAAAAAGGUCUUUGGGUGUACUUGACAUAAUUGUGUGCCAGUCUAUAUCAUUGAACCCCCGUGGCACUGAGGACAAAACUUUACGAGACAGUAUAUUUGGCAGUGAUGGCCAGUAGUUAACUACAUGUAGUUAAACUACUAGUUAAACUACCUCAUUGUAGUUAAAAAGUAGUUAUCAACUACUUGUAGAAAUGUAGUGGCAACUACUAGUUAAACUACUAUUUUAAGUGGUUAACUACAGUAGUUAAGUUACUGAAGGCGUCAACUACUUCCGAUUUUGCCGCAAGCUUUACGGCACGAUUGUGCUUCCGACUUUUGCCUUGAGCUACUUGUUUGAUGAGAACGGAGGUGCAGAGCAAUUGUGUGGUGCACGUGUACUAAAUCUUCACUUUUAAUUAGAGGUGUGCGAAUAUUGAAAUUUUCGAAUACGAAUCGAAUACGAAUAUCGACAAAAUUGUCCUUCGAAUAUCGAAUAUCACGUCACAGGAUAACGGCUUCUAAGAGUUAAUUAAGUUAAUUAAGCCCUGGAAAAAAGCGUCGUCACAGUUGUGUUCUGCUGAUCCUUAGAAAAAUGUCCCAAGUGCGAAGGAGGAAUAUGUAUUAAUGUAUUGGCUUAGCAUAGAGCAUACAUGCUUAUAUGCACAUGUACAGUAAAAUUAUUUUUACAAUGAAACAGUGUGCUGUUCUCAUGAGGCAAGCUGAAAACCGCAAGCAAAAACUUUCAUUUCGAAAAUCUUUCAUGAACAGUGAACACCUGUGUUGGCAUUGUAAAGUGCUGGUGAAACAGAUAGAAUGGAAGUAAAGAGCAAUGACAUAUACAGAGUGUGGGAUGAUUUAGUGAUCAGCACCUCAGAAUGAAAAUGAUGGUGGCAAGUGGUCUCUUCUUGCAUUGACAAUGCCUUCCGCAUUUGUCGUGAAGGCUAGAAACUGCACGGUUUCACUGUUCUCACGCGUGACGUCACGCGUGAGACCAUCGUUACUGACGGUAAUGCAUAGCUUGGAACGGCCUCAUGCAUUAUAGCGUGGUAAAACUGCGAUCCUCGACGAUGUUGUAUGACUCUAUCACGCGUGAUUGUUUCCGCGACGUUCGUGUUCAGCGCUCGUUUCAUUUCACAGCGGAAAUCAGCGCGCGGACCUCAAACUUUGUCGCGCCGGCGGCGACGCGCGUGAGUCGCGAGCAAAAUCGAUCCAUGAAGGUUGGGCUUAAGGCUAUAUAUGCGUCUUGCUAUCAUCUGUAACAACAGUUAGCGCAGUUUCAAAUUACUGCAGCAUUAUACUGUCGUCCUAGUUGGCGCUUUCAUACGGUCGCAGAGCGCCGGAGUUGGAGAAACUAUGUCGAAAUAUCAACACGUCGCACUCGUUGAUUAUCGCCGUCAUCGAACGCGACCAUAAUUGUAUCAUAUAUCGCUGACAACCACAAAUCGAAACCGAAAAAGACGCAUUCGAGACGCAAGUUCUGGCUGUGCAUCCGAUGGGACGCUGAACAGCGGUGUUCAGCUCAACGUCAACAAAAUUUCGAUAUUUAACCGUAAUUUCACCGAACUGUAGGCCUCAUACGAAUGUUCAAAGUUCGCUAGCAAUCCACUAAAGCCACGACAGUGCUGACGAUGUAUGAAACGUACCGCGGUUACGG